AUGGAAGCAUCUCAAAAAUUGUUUUUACAAGCCUAUUAUUUAGUUGGUCAUUUACUUAUUAGUCGAACUACCGAAUCGGUUGCAUUAGAAUGUUUUGUAUUAGAGAUCUGUGAGAAGUCAACACAUAUGGCUAUACUGACUUUAUGGUAUCUUCAAGCAUAUCGUUCUGAUUUAUCUGCCAAUCCCUUUUCCCCAGCUUUUGCUGUUUGUAAGCGUGUCUUAAACAAAUGUCAAGCGAUAGUUUUUAACGAGGUACAAAAUGAUGAUGAUAAAAUUAUUUGUUCCCGGGAAAUAUCUUCACGACAAGUUCGUGAGAAUACCUUUCCUGCUUUAGUUGGGAUCGGUGCAAUGUUAGGUGGUAUUGCUGCACCAAUGUUAAUGAGAAGUGCAGGUCAAAUUGCCAUAGUACAAGGGAGGAGUGCGAGGGUCUUUGGUGGUUCAUUAGGUAGACAAAUCGAAAGAAGGCGAACACAUACUGGAACUGUUAGAACUUUAAAACAAUCAGAUAUACCAAAUGAUGAUAUCUCAAAUGUAAAUGAAAAUAAUGAAAAUCAACUUCAAAUUGAGAGCUCAAGUGAAUCUGAAUCAAGUACAAAUUUAUUGGAAAAUAAUGAUCAAAAAUCAAAAGAAAAUAUUCAUUGUAUUAUGACUGAAAAUGAAGAAACAUAUAAUAAGAAAGAACUUCCAGAGAUUCAAAUUGACUUUGAAUCUUCAAAAAUUAAUGGACAAUUGAUGUCAAAGUUUAUUAAAGGUCAUAAAAAAAAUUCUUUACGAUCAAAUUCAAAUCGUCGUAAUGGCAAUACCGCAUUUACAUCUCCAUCACUUGAUGAUUUACAUAAAGGUAGUGGUUUUUCAUCAAAACGUUAUGUGAUUAAUAAUCAAAAACAACGUCCUCAAUCGGCAGAUUAUUCACCUACAACUUCCGAGCGUGACGAUGAUGAUAUUUCUCUCUAUCGUGUAUCAAAUGAAACAUCGGAAAAUGUAUUAUUAGAUGAAUUGGAAGAAUAUAACCCGGAAAGACAAAGGCGUCCUCUUAAAGGAAAUUAUUUUCAUUCUGAACUGGAAUUUUUAUUGGCGUUACAAGAUAUUUCAACUAGAUUAAUAAUUGUUCCUAGAGAAGCAAGACAAAGUACACUCAGAGCAGAGUUGACCUUAUUGAAUCAUAAUUUGCCAGCUGAAAUUUGUAUACCGCUUUGGUGCCCGGCGACAUCAGAAAGUCCAUACCAUCAUCGAGUGAUUAGAAUAUCUCCAGCUGACGCAGUUGUAUUAAAUUCAGCUGAUAGGGUGCCAUACUUAUUAAUGGUGGAAGUACUUGAGGGAGAAAUUAAUUUGAACAUUUCUAAAUUACAAGCACAAAAAUCAUUGAAAAGAAUGCUUCAUGAUGAAAAAUGGAAAAGGCAAUCUAUUGAUAUAUCAACAUCUACAGAUUCACCACAUAGAGAUUCACCACAUAAAGAUUUAUUACAUAAAGAUUCACCACAUAAAGAUUUAUCACGUAAAGAUUCAAAUAAAGAUUCACAUAAACACGAAGAAAAUAUUCAUGAAUCAACCCCUGAACAUUCUGAAGAAUCCACAGUUAGUAUAAACAUUAAGGAUGUAGAAAAAAUGCAAAAAAAUGAUAUAUUAUUAGGUAGUGUUUUAGAGAACACUGACAAUCUUAGUGGGAAUGUUUUUGAUAAUAAUAGCAAUCUGACAUUAUGUACAAACGAAAAUAAAUUAAAGAGUGAAAAUGGUGAUGAGACGUCCAUAUCCCCUACAAUAACCGCCCUUCCUAAGAGUUUUUCGAGGUCCUCAAAACGAACAGCAUCAAUAGACAAACUUCCAACGAUUUCUUCUUUGCCACUAACACCUGUUGAUGAACAUUUUAAAGUAACAACAGAUAGCACAUCACAAAAUUCUACUGAUAAAACUGAUAAAACUGAUAAAUCACCUGUUCCCUAUACUCCUACCACACCAACAUUACCAGAAUCUAACAGUCAAUAUUUAAAACAAGUUAUCAAUCGAAGGCAAUCUAAUUCAGCUGAUGAAUUUGCCGAAAGAAUGCGAACGGCAGCUGUUAUGCUCGCACAAUUGAAUGUAGCUCAACAAACACGAACUUCCCCCACUGGUGAGACUAUACAAAGAACCAAAGCAGAUACUGAAGCAAUACGAAAAAAGAUAAUAAAUGAAAUGAUGGGUUUGGAAGAAGAAAGAAUGAUGAAAAUGAAAACUCAAGGAGUUCUCAGUGGUGUUGGUGCAAAUGGGGGUGAAGGGGGUGGUGGUGAAAUGUUGGAAGAUGAAACACGAGUUUUGAGUGCCGUCAACAAAGAUGAUCCUAGUGCGGCUGUUUUCAGUGAAGAAUGGGAAACUAAAAAGGAACGUAUUCGAAAAUCAUCACCUUUCGGCAAUCAUUCAAACUGGCGUCUAAUAUCUGUAAUAGUCAAGACAGGUGCAGAUUUACGUCAAGAACAAUUAGCAUGCCAAUUAAUUCGAGAAAUGCAACGAAUAUGGCAAAAAGCUGAUAUUGAUGUUUAUCGAGUGCUUGUCACUUCCGAUAAUUCUGGUCUGAUAGAAACAAUUCAAAACUCGAUUUCAAUUCAUUCAAUUAAAAAAGAUGCUUAUGCGAAAAGGUUAAAUGAAAAAGGAUUCAUGUUCACCUUGUUUGAUUAUUUUGUAAAGACAUAUGGAGAUGUUUCGUCUGAAGCAUUUUUACGUGCUCAAGAUAAUUUCAUGAGAAGUUUAGCCGCAUAUUCACUUGUAUGUUAUAUUUUACAAGUAAAGGAUCGUCAUAAUGGUAAUGUCCUUUUGGACACAGAAGGUCACUUAAUACACAUUGAUUUUGGAUUUAUGUUAUCAAAUUCUCCUGGCUCUGUUGGUUUUGAAUUAGCACCAUUUAAGCUUUCACAAGAAUAUUUAGACAUUUUGGGUGGAUUAACAAGUGAAAAAUUCGCAGAAUUUAAGACUCUGCUCAAACAAGCCUUUGUCGCAUUAAGAAAGCAUGCAGAUAAUUUUGUUUUACUGGUUGAAAUGAUGUCCAAAGAUUCAAAACUUCCUUGCUUCCUUUCGGGUGAUAUGACACAUUCUCUUCUCAAGGAUCGUUUUCUACUAUCUCUCACGGAACCUCAAUUCGAAGAGUUCGUUGAAAAAUUGAUAAUGCAAAGUUGUUGUAAUGUAUUUACUCGUUUAUAUGAUACUUUUCAGUAUUAUUCUAAUGAAUAUUUAGAAAGUGGUUGA